AUGUUAUCACUACCACUUACUCUUCUGGCCAUCGCCCCGUCGGCAUAUGCUUGGGGCUCACUCGGACACGAAACCGUGGCAUACAUUGCCUCGCACUAUGUAAAAUCGCACACCAAGACUUGGGCCCAGGAUAUCCUCAACGAUAAUACAACUAGCUAUCUUGCAAGCGUUGCCACCUGGGCUGACAGCUACCGAUACACUGCUGCAGGAGCAUUCUCCGCUCCCUUCCACUACAUCGAUGCCGAGGAUAACCCACCAUCAAGCUGCAGUGUCGACUAUGACCGCGACUGUGGCACCCAGGGAUGCUCCGUCUCUGCUAUCGCCAAUUACACCACAAGGGUGCAAUCCGCUGAGUUGCCAGAUGAGGAAGUCAAUGUGGCUCUGAAGUUCCUGGUCCACUUUCUCGGGGACAGCACUCAACCACUCCAUGACGAAGCGUACGAAGUGGGCGGCAAUGAUGUCGAUGUUACCUUUGACGACACAGACACCAAUCUGCACCACAUUUGGGACACGAACAUGCCGGAGAAGCUCCGUGGAGGCUAUAGCUUGACUUAG